GUCAGAGUUAGAGUCACUAAAUAAGCUACGCUUAUUUAUUAGCUUAUUUAGUGACUCUAGUCAGAGUGAUCUAGGGACUUUACCGCAAGAGAGUCUGCAUGCGCGUUUUCCUCCUCCGUCGUCGAACGCGCAUGCAGGCUUCGUACCGCAAGCUGGCUGAGGAAUGAUGAGCUCGUACUGCCGUUACAUUGAUUUCUGAUGGCUGCCAUGGCGUGUUUCUGUUGAUCGGUGUGCACACCCAGUGCAGCAACGGAGAUUGCUGCCGCUAUGCAAACACCUGAGAGUUGUACAGUAAGUGCGCCACAAAUGGAUGAUCUACCGAACGUUCUUGUAGAGAAUGUCACCUCAGUGUGGACGGAAGAAGAUGCAAUUUCUGAGCGGAGAAUAAUAUCAGCGGCUCAUUUUAUCGCGAACCUUCGUGAAAUGGAUCAGCAUGUUUGUCCAGAGAAGUUUGGAGAGCGUUUCACCUUUCAAAGAGAAAACAGAGUUGGACUUGAAUUGGCAGAAUUGAUCAUAUAUUUUACAUUUCUUUCGUUUUUCUUUUUAAUAAUUUUCGUUACAUAUCUCAUGUGUACUGCAACGGCGUAUACUGAAAAGCACAGUAUUCGCUAUCCGCACGGCUUCAUUUCAUAGUUGCUAUUCGAUGUCCGCCCAAUUUAUCGCGCCUUUUUCCAGAGAUGUGGCGCCCUCUGGAAUGUCGUCUGCUUCAGGGCAGUUGACUGACAACAAAUCCACGUGGGGAAGCGCGCCCUCUGUGGGCACGCCGUCAAACCAAAAGUCAAUGCCGGGUUUUUGCAGGCCGCUUUUACGUCGUGUCGUGUUCUCACUGUUCCAAAGACCCUGUUGGAAAUAUAUCUAUUUGCCUAGCUGGAUCAUAUUUCAUAUCGCUUCGUACGGACCUGCAGCAUGAUCCAGGAGCCCGAAGUGCCCUUCUUAUUUGGAAAACUUAGCUGGACAGGUGACGCCAGGGUGAAACCAAAAGUAGACCAUGUGUGGGAUUAUUUGCAUAAAUCUACGCACUGCAUUCGUCAAGGGCACCGUGGGUGGGGGUUUAAAGAAGAAGGAUAUAUCCGGAAUGUGCUUUACAACACGAACACGAACAGUGGUCCAAAGCACGUAACGCUAGUGCGUGGUGUGUGCCUGCCGUCGAUGCAGAAGGGUGCCUACACCGUUUCGGCGUGGUACGAAGAUGACGGCACUGUUACUGGAGCACACUGUCAGUGCGUAGCAGGGCUCAGCCAAACUUGUGAACACGUUGCUGCCCUACUCUUCCAUGUGACAGACAGCACACAGCCUGGAGCUUCCUGCACAGACGUGCCCUGUGCAUGGAAUGUGCCAUCAGCAGCAAAGAAGCCCGUUCCUGUCACGCCACUGCAAGACAUCACAUUCAGGAAAUACCUCAUCAACAAGGUCACGAGGGUGAAGACAAAACAACGGCUUUUUGACCCAUGUGCGAUGUCUCAUGAUCAUGACAGAGACGACUACAAAAGACUUUAAAAAGAGAGUGCGCAAAACAGAUCCAGAUCUGAUGGUUUUGAGGUACCUUCCUGGGAAGUCGACGAAGCCCGCAAGAGCAUCCGAACCACAAAUCGCAAUAGGAGAUGAGAAAGAUCUCGGGGCCACUUGCCUCCCAAGUGGACAAAUAUAUCACUGGUCUCCCUCACUUGACUGCUGAAGAGAGAGCACAACUGUGUGAAAAUACAAAAGGGCAAGCAAGCAAUUCUACAUGGUACCGUGAAAGGACUGGCCGCGUCACGGCAUCAAUUUUUUCCAAAGUAGUUCGCUGUGUAAAACCCGAGUAUCUCGUGAAGCAGAUACUUUACCCAAAAGGAGGUGCCUAUUCAGAGGCUAUUGCGUAUGGGAGGCAGCACGAGGCGGAUGCAGUAGCUGACUAUGUGUAUCUCAUGAAACUGUAUGACAGGCCCGUUGUUGUGAGUGAGACUGGGCUUAUUGCGCAUUCCGAGUACCCCUUCACCUCAGCAUCACCAGACCGGUUGGUGAAAGAAGGUGAGAGCGAAGGAAAAUCCUGACAAAGAGGAUACAGAGGUCUGGAAAAUUGUACACAACAGGCAGUUACGUGCCUUUUGCCAGAUACAAGAACAGCACUAGCAAGGAAAAUGGCCAGCUUCAGUGAGGUGACUAUACCGAAAGAGCAACACCUUCGGACUGGGACUAUGACUGUGUACAUUGUGCAACGUUCCUCCCUGGAGAGGAACUUUUGGUGCUUUGGGCAGAGGCCAGUGGAAAAUAAACACUGCCAAAAUUCUAA